AUCGCCAGAGCUCCAUUGAGCCAUCAGAACGGCCCAUUGAAACUUCCAAUGAACAUCUCGGACACUUUCAAAAACAACAUCUACAGAAAUGCCUGCACCACCGACCCAAAACCUCGCAUCUGGCCCUCCUCGGGCACCUCGAAAGGGUCCAAACCCUUUCCUCAUCAUGGGCCUCGUGGUUCUCAGCUCUCUUGCCUUUUUCUCCGUUAAUGAGAAAAGACAAAGCGAGUUCAAAGCGAAGGGUCAGAAACCUGUCCAACGCACGACAAGUCCUUGGAUGCGCUCGGGAACGGAGGGCGAGAAGAUUGAUUUGCCGUCAAGACGGUCAGUUGAAUAGCAGUCGAAAAGGAAAGGGAGAUGGCAAGAAGAUCACCAUGUAUCACCAAUAUCACCUACAUUGCAUUGAGUAUGAGACAUUUUGACAGACGUCCUAUGGGUUUCGAACAUGUACGACAUAAUUACUGAAAGGAUUGUCGUAAUCGCAGAAGGCCAUCCACAUGAAAGGAUUGAACACAGCGUUGGUACUCUUACAACAAGAGCACAAAGGUCGCCAUUGUUGAGCUUCUCUCGUUAUGAUCGAUAGCUGUUGUCUUCGCAACUUGUUUCUUUCUGCUUUGGCAUUCAGAAACCUCUUUUUUUUUAUCACCUGUAAGCCUUCAUUCCAACAUACUUAGUUUAGUUUCGUCGCACUACAGCAUCCUGUUCUACACAUUAUGACCCGCAAUUCUCUUCCCCAUAUCCAAAGCCGGCCGGAUGUUAUUUCAGCGCCACCCAAUGCGCCCCAUGACACCCAUAAGAAGGAAGCUUCAUCCGAUAGCUCCAACCGCGGAGGCCCUUCUGUCGACGCAAAUAUCGGUCGCAACAAGCAGGCUGCUCGACAGUAUAGCGGAGUCUUCUCACCUCUUGGUACUACGUUCGGCCUUGAGACGCCUCAGUUGGCUACUCCAGAAGUGACUUCACCUGAUACAUCUAUGAUUGCCGUCCACGGCUCCGUGCUUGGUUCACCUUUCCCUCCUGAAAUGGGUAGGGGCAAGCACGGUCGUUGCCCUUUCUCUGACUGGGAAUGUUUUGCCGUUACCCAGCAAAAGCAAGUCGGCAUUGUUAAUGCAGGUUCUACAAAUCCUGCUGAUACCAUCUCGGAUCACGAUGCUGAGGUUGAAGUGUCUGAAGCAGCCAAGGACUCUUCCCCGGUACACAAUGACAGGAUCAUCGCCAUCGAUUUCGAUGAUGUCUGCACUCAAAACAUGCUUGCUAUGAUCACAGAGCACAAUACCGAAUAUGGAACCGAUCUGACCUUAGAUGAUCUCGAAACCUAUGUCUUCUGGCAGAACCGUGGCUGGGGAUCUCCUGCUGACGUUGCCCGCAAAGUCAAGAUCCUUAACCAACUCCUCCCAAAAACAGCACCCAUUCCAGGUUUCGCCGCAGCUCUUCGCACUCUCCACUCAUUCGGACAUCCCAUCCACAUCGUCACAUCCCGUCCGGAAUCCGAUCGUGAAGCUGUUGCAGAAUGGCUAGAGCAAGAGGGCAUCACUAUCGGUCUUGGUCCUGAAGAUGUGAUCGCUGCUGCAUGGUUUACAGGGACAUAUUCCAGUGCCUAUCCUGAAAUUGGGGAAAAGGGCGAUACGGAAAGCGCAAUUGAGAGGGAGAAUGUGCUGAACGAUAAAUUAAAGGACAUCUGGAAGGAAGGUGUGGGUAAAGGGAAGGGUGGCCUGGGAAAGCUUAAAGUUCUCCGCCGCAUCAACGCAGCUCUCUUCAUCGACGAUCACCACGGGAACCUCGAACCAAUAGUCAAGGCCGAACCGCCGAUCCCUUGCCUCUUAUUUGGCGCCUAUGGCUGGAAUCGUUCGCGUAGUGGUCUGACAUCUCCUGUUGAGCUCAUGGACUAUGAUGAGCGAAUGUCCAGAGGACUGGCCUUCCCAUUUGAGGAGAUCAUAACAGGCAAGGACCAUGGACUUCAUAGGACAAAGACCUGGAGCGAUGUUAUCAAGUGGGUCAAAGAGUGGGAUAGGGAGGCUAUGGAUGUUGUAUGCUACGAUACUUGAUUAAAUAGCAAUACAAUACUACUGUUCUCAUCUCAGAUCCACCCUGUUAGAUGUAUUGGAAUAACCAGGAAUAUUGUCCGCAUGUGUUAAGGGGAUAGAGCAAACUGUAGUAGUAUUA